CAAGCAGAAAAUCCCAGACCUUUUAUUGCGACGAGGAGGAGCUAAAAGAUCCUGACAGGACUGGCAAGGUUGCGGCCCCUCCCUCAGGGACUUCCUGCUGUCACGACUGGGGAUUAGCCGAGAGAGCUCUUGGGGAGAAAGCCGGAUUCUGCCAGGCUCUGCUGAAUGGGCCACAUCCUUGUGUUUGGGACACAUGAUUUUUUGAGAGUCCCUAUGCUGAGGCUGUGCUUUCUUAUCAGUUUGUUGUGCUUGGCGAAAUCAGACACGGAUGAAGCAUGCCCAUCCUUCACCAGACUGAGCUUCCACAGUGCCGUGGUUGGUACAGGAUUAAAUGUGAGACUGAUGCUCUACACGCAGAGAAACCAGAUCUGUGCACAACUCAUCAAUUCCACAGCUCUGGGGAGCUUAAAUGUGACCAAGACAACCACCUUCAUCAUCCAUGGCUUCCGGCCAACAGGCUCCCCUCCAGUCUGGAUGGAAGAGUUGGUACAGAGUUUGCUCAAUGUACAAGAGAUGAACGUGGUGGUAGUUGACUGGAAUCGAGGAGCGACGACCGUGAUAUACACCCACGCCUCAGGCAAGACCAGAAAAGUAGCUCUUAUUUUGAAGGAAUUUAUCGACGAGAUGUUGGCCAAAGGAGCUUCUCUGGACAACAUUUAUAUGAUUGGAGUGAGUCUAGGAGCACACAUAUCUGGAUUUGUUGGAGAAAUGUACGCUGGGAAGCUGGGGAGAAUCACAGGUCUUGACCCUGCGGGCCCUUUGUUCAACGGGAAACCUGCCGAGGACAGAUUAGAUCCCAGCGAUGCACAGUUCGUGGACGUCAUCCACUCUGACACUGAUGCGCUGGGCUACAAGGAACCGCUAGGACACAUAGACUUCUACCCGAAUGGAGGACUGGAUCAACCGGGCUGCCCAAAGACAAUAUUUGGAGGCAUGAAAUACUUCAAGUGUGACCACCAGAUGUCCGUGUUCCUGUACAUCGCAUCCCUGCAAAACAACUGUUCCAUCAGUGCCUACCCCUGCGACUCCUAUCGGGACUAUAGGAACGGCAAGUGUGUCAGCUGUGGCGUUGGACAAGCAGUGCCCUGUCCCCUCCUGGGCUACUUUGCCGACAAUUGGAAAGACUAUUUACUGGACAAAGACCCUCCGAUGACGAAGGCAUUCUUCGACACAGCUGAGAAAAAACCAUUCUGCAUGUAUCAUUACUUUGUGGACAUUGUGUCUUGGAACAAGAACGUAAGAAGAGGGUUCAUCACAAUCAAACUGAGAGGCGAAGAUGGAAAUGUCACAGAAUCCAAAAUUGAUCACGAACCAUCAACGUUUCAGAAAUACCAUCAAGUGAGUCUACUUGCAAGAUUUAAUCAAGACCUGGAUAAAGUGGCAGAAAUGUCCUUGUUGUUCUCCACAGGGUCUGUAGUAGGUCCAAAAUACAAGCUCAGGGUCCUGCGAAUGAAGCUGAGGUCCCUGGCCCAUCCAGACAGGCCUCACUUGUGUCGCUAUGAUCUUGUCCUCAUGGAAAAUGUUGAGACGUUCUUCCGACCUAUUCUGUGCUCAAAGUAGCUCCUGUCAGGACGCAAGGACAACGGUGACACCAGGAUCUCUACAGCUACAGGCCUUUCGUGCCUCACUCUACUUCACCCUGAAGGCUCUAAAAGCACGGGAAAAAAAAAAAAGCCCAAGGUUAUUUUCGGCAGUAUCCCACGGAUGUCACAUCACAAAAUGUCAAACGACCUGUGAUUAUGAAACAGCACCAGGAGGAGAGCCCCUAACUAGGGCAAGACAGAAAUAACUGGGCUCCCGGCAGCAGAGCGCGCUUCGUCAGCCACGUCCUGGGGCCUCGCGUGUCCCUAACUGUCAGCUCUGCUGCCUGUCACAUCACACCCUCAGGGCCAGGGGUCAGCCAUGUUGGGAGUGAAGGACGGAGGCUUCGCUGGGUUUCUGUGCACCCACCCGAUCCUCCACCACCCUGGCAUGAAGAGGAGAACAAGUCGGACUACCUCAUGGGAAGUGUGGGUUGGGAAGGCCAGUCUGGGAAGGCUUUGUGAAAUCCCUUGAGUCCAUAAUGUGAAUGUGCUUCUAUUUCGAUAUGGCUUAGCUCUCAUGUGUAGAUGCGCAACCUGUCCUUCUCAGCACCAACUUCCCUGCUGACUCCGGAGUGCCAAGGAGGCUCCGGCUUCCAGCCUUUUCUGAAGUGAUGCUGAUGGCCAGAGACAGUGGGAUGGGCUCAAGGCCCUGAGGUCUGUGCUGAGACCAGGGACUAAGUGGAAGGAAGAAGGAGGAGAAACAGGAGCAGCAUCACUCAUGGACUGGGCAGAGAGAGAGUCUGGAGAGAAUCGGGCUUGCUUUCACUGAAGUUGCCAAAGUGUCGGUUACAGGAUAGAUUUUCUGUUCUGGGAUCGAGCGUGUUAGGUGCUGUGAGCCGCCUUCUCAGCCCCAGACAACAUUAUUUAAAGCAACCCUUAAGAAUGUUUUUUUUUCCUGCCUACUCAUUAAUCCAUAAUUAUGCUAGGAAAUUCUUUAAGGUGCUGAGAUGGAAAAUAAAAAUAAACUGUGCACAAUCCCACCGACGCUAACCUUUUGACACGACGCUCUAACUCAUGGGGCUAAUGCGAAUGCGAAGCGUAGCCCAGUUCUUGGUGCAUGAAACCUUCAGGAAGUCUUCCGAGGCCUCCCUGGAGGCUGAAGCAACCUCUGAGUAUUUCUGAAUGACAGCUGCAGCCAAGUCAAGAGGUCCCAGAGGGCCAGGGACAGAGAAGGUAAAAUGACAGUCAGACAGAGGGUCCAGAUGCCUGGUGUGAAGAUGGCUACUCCCCACCCCACGGCCGUGACCACUCCGGGAAGGUGUCACAGGCCCAGGAUACAUCUCUUCAUCAAACCGCCCCGGCUGCUGUAAAGAAAUGGACACCAUGAGCCAAUGGGUCCAAAUCUACAUGGUUUUAGUGUCCUUUCCUGUUGCUAUGAUAAAAUACCCUGACAAAAAUAACUUCAAGGGGGAAGGGGUUGUUUUAGCUCACAGUCCAAGGGCCCAGUCCACUGUGGCCGGGACGUCAAGGUAGAAGAGCUUGGAGACAGCUGGUCGUCACAGCCACAAUCAGGAAACAGGGUGAUGAAUGCAGGCUUGCUAGUAUUCAGCUCCAUUCCUCGACACAUUUAAGGAAUUAUUACAUUUUAUUAGUUUACUUUGUGUGUGUAUUUCUGUGUGCACACACGUAUACGUGUGGAAGGCAGAAGACAACUUGUGGGAGUGAGUUCUCUCCUUCCAAUGCGUGGGUCCCAGGAAUCUGGUCAUCAGGCUUAGAGGCAAGCACAUUCGCCAACUAAGCCAUCUCCCUGGAGCAGUUUCUCAGCUCUACACAGUCCAGAUCCCCUGCUAAGGAAUGGUGCCACCUACAGUGGGCAGGUCUCUUCGUCUCAAUAAAAGACAUGCCCAGAGCUGCAUUA